GCGUCCAAAGCUCAUGGCAUGAAUGUAUAGGCGAUUUGUCUGCGCGUUCGACGACCACAAGUUGUGCGGUUCUAUGCAGCCAAUUCUUUGCUGCCUCUAGGGGACCAUGCCGCCCCACCAACGGGCCGAUGACGGGUUCCCCACUCCUUCCUUGCAACCAAUAUCAGUCGACUUCAUCGAAAACCGAGAUGCAGGAUUCCGCAACGCCGAAGGCGAGCUGCCAUGCAAUUUCGAUCCUAGCUCUCAAAAAUUCGUAGCCCCCCUUUUCGCUUUUGGUGGGGCGGUGCUCGACCACGAAGAAGAAGCAUUACGGGAGAGCAAACUAAGAGUAGUUGCAACGACGGAGAGCUUCGCCCACGCCCUCGCAGCUUUGAAAACGAAGAAGAAAUCCAAAAACCAGGCGAUAGCAAACUUUGACUUGAACUCUUGUCAUGACUGGGAAGAGAUCACUGAGCACAUACACCUGGUGGUUGAAAACUCCCACCAGGAUGAUACGACAUGGGGACAUAUACGCCGCGCAUUUCGACGCGUUGGAGAUAACGCGACGUCUAUACAGUCUUUUGUCGGCCUGCUGCCUGAUGGAGAAUAUAAGACCCUUUGUGGAGGGCUAACAUUGAUCUUGACGGCCAUGACGCAACAUGCUGAAAUCCGCGAGAAGAUGGCGGAACUGUUGAAAGAAGUGCCCGAAAUCGUCAAUCAGUGCGAGCAAUACCAGACACUCUAUCCCGGACGUAAUACCAUACAGUUGUGUGUGAACGACAUCUACAUCAAUCUCCUUCUGGCCCUGGAGGAAAUCCUCAGAUGGUAUACGCAGUCUUCCUGGAGUGAGUAGACCAAAUCAUUACCACGCAAUUUACAACUGCGUCUAGAUUCAGUACUGACGUUCUAGAACACACCAGGGACAGUCUCUCGAAGAACAGUAACUACUCAAAGGCGAUCGAUGAAUGCCUCAAAGGUAUUCGCCAGUCCAAAGUUCGCUUCCUAGAGGAGACUCAAUUAUAUUCGGCCUGGGUUCAACGAGCCACACUCUCUACAGUACUCCAGACCAACGCCCAAAACUUUGAAACCAAUUCAACAAUGCACGGCAUUGAUGGACGUCUGAUUGAG